AUGCACUUGCUUCCUUUUCCCCCUGAGGCUGCCGGAGACUGUCCCCUGCCCUGUCACGGCAACGGGGAGCACACCUCCGGCAGCGCUUCUCUCAUCGUACCCGGGGAUGAGGUGCUUCGUUUUCCGGGCGGCUUUGCCACCCUGCCUCGCGGGGGGUGCCGUCGAGGGAGUCCCUUUCUCUGGGACUCCCCCUUACCCAUCGCCAGUUGGUGCGGCGGCGGGAUAUGUCUCCCCUCGCUCGGCCUCCCCGUUGGACCUGGCCGCAACCUUCUUCUUGCGGCAGCUCCUCUACUGUGUUCUUUCACGCAGAGAUCUGCAUGCAUAGAAAUAAAGGAAAGUGAGAAGAUCUUUACUGAGCUGAUCCGAUCCAUUGAGAAGAUCCACACUGAGGUUAUUGAGCUGAUUGGAGCUAACGAGAAGGCUGCAGUGAAUCAGGCUGAAGGACGCAUGAAGAAACUGGAGCAGGAGAUUGCUGAGCUAAUAAAUAGAAAUGCUGAGCUGCAACAGCUUUCAGAGACAGAGGAUCACAUCCAUUUUCUACAGAAUUUCCAGUCUCUCUGUGCCCCUCCUGAAGCUGGAGACUUACCCAGCGUUACUGUCAAUACAGACUUCUCUUUUGGGGCUGUGAGGAAAGCUGUAUCUGAACUUAAAGACCAUAUUGAGGACUUCUGCAAGGGGGAAUUAGUCAAAAUAACCCCGUCCUCUUCUCUUCAAUCAGAUUCCUGUCAGCUCACACUGGACCCCAACACAGCGCAUAGAGAGCUCUGUCUGUCUGAAGGGAACAGAAAGGUGACACUGAGGGGAGAGACCCAGAGAUAUCCAGGUGAUCACCCAGAGAGAUUUGAUGGCUAUUUCCAAGUGCUUUGCAGAGAGGGUCUGUCUGGGACUCGCUGUUACUGGGAGAUUGAGUGGAGUGGGGGAGAGGCUUCUAUAGGAGUCACAUAUAAAGGAAUCAGAAGGAAAGGAGUGGAUCUUUCCUGUCUCCUUGGAUUCAAUGACAAGUCCUGGAGUUUGAUCUGCUCUGGUUCCAGUUACUCUGCCCGGCACAAUAACUAUCAAACUGCAAUAACUGCCCCCCACCCCCCCAGAAUAGGAGUGUAUCUGGACUUUAAUGCCGGCACGCUGUCAUUUUAUGGCGUCUCUGACACAAUGACCCUCCUGCACAGAUUCCAAACCGUAUUCAUUGAGCCGCUCUAUCCUGGGUUUGGGCUUCAUUCUUAUGGUUCCUCUGUAACAAUCUGCCAGCUGAACUAGACUGUUUUGUGUUGUAAGAAACCCUUUGUAUUGAACUCCCUGUCUGUCCUCUCCACUCCUCGGGUGAAGGGAAUGUUCAAUCUGACACAACUUUGGAUGAAAGUUAGGGGGUAAAACGGCACCACCUGCAGAGCAAAACGACGUGAAUUAUUUGUUUUUAGCAGUGAAUGGGUUUCAUAUGAAAUAUGUUGAUUGCCCAUAUAUGUGAGGCAAAGUAAUACUGUUGAUGAGAAAGAAGUGCAUACUAGUCUAAUAACAAGGAAUAAUACAUUCCCUUGGCAGCCCGCAGUUUAGCAAAUCCAGCUUAUUAAUAUUGCACUGCGCACGGGCAAGCGCCUCGUCAUUUGUCAUGGCUGGCUGCGACCCUGUAUAUGUUUAUAUAUAGAGAGUAGGCAGGACUGGCACAGUUGAAGGUUUGUCACGUGAUAUUUGAAUGUAAUGAGGAAGGCUGUCUGGCAGUUAGGAUUCUCCAGACGAGCUUCUCAAAGCAGCUCAAAGCCAGGUAAAGGCAGAUUAAGAUAAUGAGAAGAAACUUAAUAUUGGAGGAACCCAGAACCGCUCAGAACGACUGAAGCAAAGAUCAUCCAAAAUAUAUUUAAAAAGCUACACCUAAAUACACAGUAAAUUAUUAUUAUUAUAUUUCUUAGCAAAUAUACGAAACAGCUCAAAGCCAGG